AUGUAUGCGCGCAAUCGCGACGGGCUGUACCCGCAGCAGCUGGCGUCAACGGACCGCAUCCGCACGCUCUUCCGCAAGCUGCACGAAUACCACCAGCGCCACGGGCUCGUGGGGGACGGGGAGGGCGCGGGGGCGGGCGGAGGGGGCGGAGGGGGAAGGGGGUUGAGAGGAUCGCCCCCGAUCUCCCCUGGGACGUCGGGGAGGAUGAGUCCCAGGGAUGUGGGCGGGAUGGUGGAUGAUGGGUGGGAUGACGAAGGGACGUCGGGAAGGAUGGGCCCGAGGGAUGUGGGCGGGAUGGUGGAUGACGGGUGGCAUGAUGAAGGUGAGCGCGCGUGGGUGGUGGGGGGUGUGGUUGGGGUGAUUGAUGGGGGCGUGUGGUCUGUUCAUUCCAUCUCCUUGCCCCCCCCACCCCUCUGUCCCCAUCUUACCCUCCCCCCUGUCCACCUGCCCCCCUGCCCCCGCUGCUCGUCCUAUCGUUACUUCCUCUCCCUCCUGCCCCCCCUGAUCCCCAACGGGUCGUCGGUCCAGCAGCUCAUCUCCCCUCGCGCCCUCGCCGCCCGCACGCGUCUGGGCGGCGGCAGCAGCGCGCAGCAGCCGCCCGGGCGGCAGGGGCCGGCAGCGGGGCGGGGCGGCGCAGGCAGCCGCUCCGCUGUGGAGCGAGGGAGCACCCGAGAGGACGAUUGGCUGUCCCAGCCUCACGCUCGGGCAAGGGGAGGCGGAGGGGGAGGUGGAGGCGGAGGAGGAGGAGUGGGUGGGGAUGGUGGGGACCACGCUGACGUGGAGAGCCCGCGUGAUUUGCUGGACAGCAACGAGAAGAUCUUCCUGCAGGCCUGGGAGAACGACCGCGAUGACGACUCUCCGGCCUUUGCCUGGCCGGGGCCAGGGGGAGCAGCAGGGGGAGGGGGAGGAGCAGGAGGGCCAGGUGGUGCGGGGAAGGACGAGCAUAUGGGGCCGGGAGGGGCAGGGGGAGGGGGAGCGGCGGGGGGAGUGGCGGCGGCGGGGCCGGCGGCGUCACUGGCGCGGAGGCACAUCCGGGACUCGCGCACGCUGUCGGUGGAGUCGGGCGGGCAGCAGUACGCGAGGCGCAUCGUGCAGGCCAACGACAGCAACCUCUCCGAUGCUGAAGCUGGUAGCUUUGGCGCCCGCCGGCACACUGCUGGCGUAGCUAGCACAGACCGCUCGCGUCUGGCCGUCCAGCCCCGCCCACGCAACUUUGCUGACUUCCGAGCAGAGCGCCUCGUGGGGCAGGCAGCCGCAGGCGGAGGGGGCGGGGGAGGGGGGGGAGGAGGGGGCGGAGGAGCAGGGGGGGCUGGGGGAGGCGGAGCUGGGGGCGGGGGACCUGGGACGCCUGGGAGAGGGGGCAUGCGGGGAAGGUCCCCCUAUGAUAGUGUGGAUUCGGCUAGUAUGGGGAGGUUGGAUCUGGGGGGUGGGGGGGGGAGUAGGCGGGGGUCUUUGGAUGGGAAAUCGGGUGGGGGAGGGGCUAGGGGCGUGGUUGAUGUGUUUGGGAACCCGUAUGGGGGGAGAGGGGGGCGCGCAGGGGAUGUGGCGGGGGCUGGCGGGAGGGCGAGUUCAGAUGAUGAGAGAGAGGAGGGCGGGGUUGCGCGGGGCGGGGCGGGGAUGGGCGGGGAGAGGCGGCAGCACGUGGGAGGGGGCGGCGGGCGCGGGGGGAGGGAGAAUAUGUAUGCGUCGUGGAACGGAGCUGCGAUGCUGGAAGGAGGAGGGGGAGGAGGGGUGGGGGGGGCGGCGGAGGGGCACAGCGGGAGGCUGCAUCGUGUUGCUGCUUCUACAUCUGCUUCGGCAGCAGAGGAUCGGGAUGGGGAGGGCGGGAGGCACGGGGACAGCGACAGUGACACUGGCAGGCGGCUUCCCAACAGAGCAGCAGCAGCAGCCGCAGGUGGGGGAGCAGCAUCAGGCGCUGCUUCUUCCGCUGGUGGGGGCGCAGGCGGAGGGGGGGGCGCAGGGGGGGGCGGAGGUUCAAUGGCACCGUCCCGAUCCCCCUCUGGAAGCGACUCUGCUAGGCGACCUGCCUCUCUGCGGGUGGGGGAGCCUGCAGGCUUUGAGGACGAGGGGGGCGCUGCUCAGAAGAAACCACUCACUCCUAGUGGGGGAGGAGGAGCAGGGGGAGCGGGGGGGAGUGGGCCAGGGCGGGCUAGGAGCCCGCUUAGAGGGGGAAGUGGGCAUGAGGAGGGGCGCGGAGGGGGUGGGGGAGGGGGGAGCGGGCGGAUGACGCCCAAGGGGGCGAGAGAGAGGAAAUCGGUGAAGUUUGCACUGCCGACGGAUGGGGAGGGGGAGAAGAAGGAGAAGGAGGGGGAGAGUGGAGGGGAGGAGAGGAAGGGCGGCGGUGGGAAGGAGGAGGAGAAGAAGGGAGGAGGGCAGGUGCCUUGUGACUGCCCCACCAACCCCAAUAACCGCGACGAUGCUGCUGGUGGGGGUGCGAAGAAGGCAGGGGACGGGGAGAAGAAGGACGGAGGGGAAGUUCAGAAAGAGAAGGAAGGAGAGAAGAAGGAGGGGGAGAAGAAGGAAGGGGGGAAGAAGGAGGGGAGUGAGGAGGAGAAGGCAUCACCGGCAGCAGCAGGGGGGGUGAAGAGUAAGGAGCUGAUGGGAGAUGAGCCCAUGGCCCCACUGGGCACGAUGAAGUGGAAGCGGGGCGAGCUGCUGGGCGAGGGGGCUUACGGCAAGGUGUUCUUGGGUCUGAACGAGAUGACGGGAGAAUUAAUGGCGGUGAAGCAGAUCAAGAUGACCACCCAGGGAGACGAGAAGGCGAUGCACAUAGCGGCCCUGGAGCAGGAGAUAGUGCUGUACCGCCAGAUGCGGCACCGGCACAUCGUGGCAUAUAUUGACAUGGAGAAGGACGACAGUGACGGGUCUCUCUACAUCUUCCUCGAAUUCAUCUCUGGAGGGUCCAUCCACAGCAUGCUGGACAAGUUUGGCAAGUUCAGCGAGUCCCUAGUGCGCGUGUACACGCGGCAGCUGCUGCUGGGGUUGGAGUAUCUGCACGGCUGCAAGAUCAUCCAUCGGGACAUCAAGGGCGGCAACGUGCUGGUUGACAGGGAUGGGGUCAUCAAGCUUGCUGACUUUGGGGCUUCCAAGGCGUUUCACGAGGGCACGGUGGGCGAGGGGUGCAAGUCGAUCCGCGGGUCGGUGUUCUGGAUGGCGCCCGAGGUGAUCAAGGGGGACGGGUACGGCCGCCGUGCCGACAUCUGGAGUCUCGGGUGCACCGUGAUUGAGAUGCUCACCGGCAGCCACCCAUGGCCCAACAUGGACAACACGUGGUCGGCCAUAUUCCACAUCGCCAAGACCACCACGGGCCCGCCCAUCCCUGAGGAGUGCAGCGACGAGGGCCGCGACUUCCUCCUUGCCUGCUUCAAGCUCGACCCUGCAGAGCGCCCCUCUGCCACCGAUUGGGUGUGCUGCAUCGCGCAUCAGUGGGAGGGAAGGGACUUCCUAGCCGCCUGCUUCAAGCUCGACCCUGGAGAGCGCCCCUCUGCUGCUGAGCAGCUGCUACAGCACCCCUUUGUGCAAGUGCAAGUGCCUGACACUCAAAAAGGGGGGGUCUGA